UGGUGGGGGGAGGGGCACGAGAAUUCGCGGCUCUUAGAAAAAGCGAGUAUCUAUAAACUCGGCGGAAGGAAGCGAUAAAUCAAGGCCGGUGAAGCUCCAGAGCCUUCGAGUCCACAAACUUCAUAAAUUAUAUGAAGCGCAACACCAAGCCCGUCGUCAGGUUCAAAAUAUAUCCAAAGACCCACUACAUCGGUCGAUGUACGGAAUUGCCUGCGCCUAUUAUCACAAGCACCGGCCGAUAUAACGAUCGUCACCGCAAGCACACGGCAUUCGCUGAGAACGACCGCUACAAGCGCAGGUCAACAACAUCUGGAGUGAAACAGCGGUGUUACCGUGGCAGAGCCUCGCGUACCGAGAGUGGGACGAGCGGUAGCGAGGAAACCUACGAGAGCGCCCCAGCCGAGGUUGCCAAGGCACUCGCAGCUUUCCGCAAGUGCGACGAGUUUCUACAGAGACAUAGGAUCAGGCCUGAAUUCUUCUGCAGGUACAGAGAAAGGCUGGCGCUUCAGGCUUGGCUGUUGCAACGCGUCACCGCCAAGGCUUCCAGAAAUGUUUUCGAUAGUAAGGGCAAGUAA